AUGUCUGACGUACCUUCAACUAACACUCCACGUUUGAGUGAUAUCUCUUCGAUUGAUUCUCCUCGGACUUCUCUUGAUCAUACUUCAGCUGCUGGGAUGAGUGGUGGCCAACCGAUAACCUCAGGGUCGAACUUCAACCCCUUGGGAGGCUCAGGGUCACUAAUGGUGCUCGAUGAAUCUCGAUUACGUCGUGCAUCUCCUGAUUCGGACGCGUUGGUUUCUUCUGACGAGGAGGCCGAACAAAACCAGCAUUCUUACUUUUCACAGCACAAAAACAGCGCCAUCUCCGCACUUUCGUCGAGACGCCCGUCUUAUGCCGCUGAAUUCCAAAACCGACAUAGGACUUAUUCCGUCGCUGGAGGCGGCCCCUUGUCCCCUACAAGUUCACAUCCUGCGGCACCAGCUGGGGAUACCGCCGCCUGGGCUGCUGGACUUCAGGGAGCUAAUCAAUCAUUGGCGCCUAUUUGGAAUUCAAUCUGGAAUUCAGAGCCGUCUAGGAAGAGCCCCCCGGGACCACUUGAUGUCAGACGUUCCUCUGUUGCUGCGCUAUCAUCACAUAGUCCUUUGUUCGUUGGUAGUGAGGCUCUACCAAGCCCGACCAGUAUGGUACCACCAAGCUCUGGGGAUUUCCCAAUCCCAAUUCCACUACAGCCGCAGCUUCGUAAUUACAGAUCAAUGUCAUUUUCUGUUGGACAACAGCCACGGGAAUUGGAUGAACGUUCAAGGUUAUCUCCGCCAGUAGGCGGCCCUAGGCCACAUGCUGCCCCUGGUCUUCACCACAGGCCAUCCAGACCUAGCUUACUCUCUGGAGAGCAAUACCCUGGGGAAUCCACUCCUCUCCGUAGUGUAUUUGAGACCGAAGACGAUGACGAAAAUGAUCCUGGCCGUCCAGGCGGGUCAUCGAAUGGAGCAGGCGGUUAUCUACAUUCCAAUGGGGUCAAUGCAACUCAACAAGCUCUUCAAAUGAAGGCGAGGUACGAGUCAAUGAGACUUAGAAAUCGUUCAGCCUCAACCGCCAACAUUUCACUAGCUGCAGGGUUCGGUGGCGCUCUUGCAGAUGACGAUGAGCUAGAUUAUCAUCACUACUCCGAGCAGCGGCGUUUCAGCGAGGCACCUCCGAGAUCACUAAGUAUAUAUGCUGAAAACCAACGGCUUGAAAGCCUUAGGAGGCAACACUGGCAGAGCCCCAGCGGGCCUUUCGGAGGUCCGGAAUCCGGAAGUCAAAGUAGAAGGCACUCAUUUGCUGGGCGACUUCCAAUGGGUGACGGAUUGGAAUUUGGUAUGGCGAGUGAUCUACUUGGGAAAAGAGCCAACAGCCCACCGCGGUAUGGGGAGAAUGGCCUUCUCGGGGUUAAUAAUCGAAGUGGCGGUUAUCUCUCGUUGACUGAUGCACCAAUCUCUGAUGCUUCUGGGAAAGAAUUCUAUAUGAACGAAGAAAAUCGUCUUCGUCAGCGCCAAAAUUUUCCCAAGGUGGGCGGGAUGGGACCCUCACCGGCAACACCCCCCAAUCAACACCACUUACAUCAUCUACAGGCGUACCAAGCCCCGGCACGUAUCCCUUCACCUCCUUCGACAGUCUCUCACCGCGGAAUGAUGGCCAUGCCUCCCCACCAUGCUCAACAACCAAGAAGUCAACAGCUGCUGUACUUCGUGACCUUCAAGGCGCAGCGUGGGGAUGUUUUUUACGUCCAGGAAGGAACCGGAUUGCGUGUCCGGAAUGGCGAUUUAGUGAUAGUCGAGGCUGAUAGAGGCACUGAUCUUGGUACUGUGGUUGCAGAAAAUAUCACCUGGCAGCAAGCUAAGGAUAUGAAAGAGCAUCAUGCAAAGGAGCAAUAUAAUUGGCUUAUGAUGUUUGCUACAAGAAGGCCGACAGCUCCUGGCGCUACGCAAAAUGGCACAGGGAAUAUGCAUAACAGUGUCAAUGGAGGCACCGCUCCGUUUGCUAACAGUGGAAACACUGGUGCUAUGCCUGGUGCUCACGGUCCGAUGCAAGGUCAGGAAGGCGCUCCCACAGAGCUGAAGCCCAAGAUGAUCAAGCGGUUAGCCCAGGUUCACGAGAUUCAAACAUUGAGGGACAAAGAGGCCAACGAGGCAAAAGCAAAGAGGGUUUGCCAGCAGAAGGUUUUAGAACAUAGAUUACCUAUGGAGAUCUUGGAUGCAGAAUUUCAAAUGGACUGGAAGAAACUCACAUUUUACUAUUUUGCCGAUUCAUAUAUCAAUUUCAACUCCUUGGUCACAGAUCUUUUCAAAGUUUAUAAAACACGUAUCUGGAUGUCAGCGAUGAACCCUGCUUCAUUCGCUCAUCCCACUGGCCUCCAUCCACCAGGAUCUGGACUUGGCGCUUCUGGCGCUCUUGGACCUAUCGAUCCUUCAGAACAGCCGCAACAAAUGAUUCAUCAUUCCCAGUUCAACCAAGGUUAUCCUGGGUAUGGCCCACCAGUAGGAGCCAAUGGAGCCAUGAUGGGAGUUCAUUCGCGUGGACACCAACAGGCUUUGCUCCAGCAAAUGUCAGCGCCAGGUCAAAAUCCCAUGUUGCAAAUGACAGCAUCGGGGUUCCCCCCCCGCCAUUCCCCACAUGGUGCUGUCGCGGCGCAUCAGGAUUUUAGUCACCUCCCGCAACAACAAUUAAACGGCUAUAAUCACAGCCAAUCUUUCAUGAAUGGUAGUGGAAUUCAUCACAGCCAAGCCCAUUUGGGAGGAAAUGUCGAUAGCCAUGCUCCGAAUGGAAAUUCAGACAAUUCAUGGAUGAACCUGCAGGGACUUUCCCUUAAUUCUCACUAG